AUGAUAAAUUCAUCUGCUAGAAUGAAGAAAGGUUCAGACAACAUCAAUCCCACUGGGGAGAACCAUCCAGACAGAGUAUUUGGAGCAGAUAUCCCUAUCGCCAUUGUUGGAUUGUCUUGUAAAUUUCCUGGGGAUGCAAGCUCCCCAGAAAAGUUCUGGGAGCUUCUUGAAAAUGGCCGCAGUGCUUGGACUUCAGAUGCCGGUUUUCGCUUUAACAUGGCGGCUCAUCACCAUCCCAAGAGAGAACAAAAUGGCAGUUUCAAUCCCAUUGGUGCUCACUUCAUUAAGCAGAAUCUAGCCGAGUUUGACGCCCCAUUCUUCAGCAUAUCCGCUACCGAGGCAAAGGCAAUGGACCCACAGCAGCGCCAUACUCUGGAGAGUGUCUAUGAGGCCAUCGAGAGUGCCGGAAUUACCAUGUCCUCUCUUGCUGGUAGCAAAACAGCUGUAUUUGCUAACACAUACAACCGAGACUGGUUUUCGAUUGUGCUUCGAGAUCCAGAAGCAAUACCUAAAUACCAAGCUCUCGGCACGGGAGACGCCUUGAUAUCCAACAGAGUUUCUUACUUUUUUGACCUUCGGGGUCCGUCGAUGACCUUGGAUACUGGGUCUUCCGGCAGCAUGGUUGCCUUGCAUCAGGCAUGUCAGAGUAUACGCUGCGGUGAAAGCUCCCAAGCCAUUGUUUCUGCUGCCAAUCUCAUCUUAGACCCUGAACUUCUGGUCGGAAUGAGCAAUCUGGGAUUUUUGUCAGACAACGGUCGGUGUUUGACGUUUGAUGCCCGAGGAAAUGGCUAUGGGCGUGGCGAGGGCGUCGCAUCUAUUUUCCUCAAACCCCUUGAUGAUGCACUGAGAGAUGGCAAUCCUAUUCGCUCUAUCAUUCGGGGUACCUUCGCGAACCAAGAUGGACGCACCCCGGGUAUCACGAUGCCUUCGACAAAAGCCCAGAUUGACAUGAUUCGUGGUACGCCCGCCGGAGAUCCGGUGGAAGCUGAGGCUAUCGCGUCAACACUUGCCAAAUUGCAUUCCAAAAAGGACCCAUUGAUUGUGGGUAGCGUGAAAACCAACAUUGGGCAUCUGGAAAGCUGCGCGAGUAUGGCAGGCCUGAUCAAGGUCACAUUAAUGCUCGAGAAGGGGGUGAUUGUACCAAAUCACGACUUCCAGUCGCCUAAUCCCAAGAUCCAUUUGGAAGAAUGGCAUAUGAUGGUCCCUACCAAAACGAUGAAUUGGCCGAACUCAACGUACAAGCGAGCCAGUGUCAACGCCUUUGGAUACGGCGGAACCAAUUGUCAUGCUAUUCUGGACGCCGCGGACAGUUACCUGACGCUACUUGGUGAUAACUCAGUUCCAAGGACUCUGUGUUCUGAAGACUCUUGUGUCAGGUUGAACCUCCAGAACGGCAGUAUUAUUUCCAACAACUUGACCAAGUCUCCUGUCUCACGUAGCUAUCGACUCUUUGUGCUCAGCGCUAGAAAUGAGAAGGUGCUUCAGAGAAUGAUACAGAACCUGGCAUCUUAUGUCGAGAAAUGCUCCAAAUCUGAGGCUGAUGUGCUAGAUAGCUUAUCAUAUACGCUAUGUCUGAGACGCACCCACCUCCCAAGGCGUAUUGCGGUUGUGGCAUCAUCACUACAAGAGCUUGUUCAAGCGCUUGAAACUGCCAAAAUCUCAACACGGGCAGUUUUAUUGAGCGCAGAAGAUCGUCUCGGCUUUUGCUUUACUGGCCAGGGUGCUCAAUGGCCGACAAUGGGAAGGGAGCUUCUUCAGCACUACUCAGCAUUCCAAUCAUCUCUAUUGAGGGCCGACGAAUAUCUCAUCUCGUUUGGUGCAUCCUGGUCGCUUACAGAGGAAUUACUUAAAGAUAGUCAGAAAAGUCUUGUCUAUCAGGCAGAGUAUUCACAACCUAUUUGUACCGCGGUACAAAUUGCACUGACGGAUCUGCUAUCCUCAUGGGGAGUAAGGCCUGCAGCAGUCACAGGACAUUCAUCUGGUGAGAUAGCUGCUGCAUAUGCAUGCGGCGUAUUGUCCGCCCGCGACGCAAUGUUGGUGGCAUAUUUUCGGGGACUGUGUGCCACACAAGCUACAAAACGAAAUACUUGUCCAGGAGCAAUGUUAGUCACCAAUGCUUCCGAAUUGAAAGUAAAAGAAUACAUCACGGCGAUGCCUAUCGGAAUGGGCAAAGCUGUGGUGGCCUGUAUCAACAGCCCUUCUAGUGUGACUAUCUCCGGAGAUGAGAACGCGAUUGAUUAUCUUCAAGAGGCUCUGAGUAGCUCAUCCCACUUUACCAGGAAGCUUAAUGUCGACACAGCCUACCACUCACAUCAUAUGGAAACCAUUGCGACAGAAUACUACGAAUCCCUCCGGGAUAUAAAUCCACAGGAGUCCAAUGUUCCAUUCUUCUCUUCUGUGUACGGUUGUCCCCUCCAAGGGUCUCAACUAGACCCCGAAUACUGGGUGAAGAACCUGCUGUCUCAAGUGAAAUUUUCCGCAGCAAUCAUGGCAAUGUGCAGCCACCAUACGGAGAUUACUUCGGAUCUUGACGGGCCGUUUAUCAAUACCAUUGUGGAAAUUGGACCUCACUCCGCUCUCAGAGGAGCUAUCCAGCAGACCAUCCGAUCCUCCAAUAUUGCCGCAAAUGUGGAGUACAAACCAAGCUUGAUACGCAAGGAAGACGGAGCUAAGACAGUCCUUACCCUUGCCGGUGCGCUAUUUGUGCAGAAUUACCCUCUCAAUCUUGAUGAAUUAACAAAGUCUCGUGACCACAUUUCGAAUUUAAUCGCCCUGUCAGACCUUCCAGCAUAUCCCUGGGAUCACUCCACCACAUACUGGGCAGAGUCCCGAUUGAGCUCAGACUACCGGCUGCGAUCGCAACCGCGCCAUCAGCUUCUUGGUGUCCCGUCAAUGGAUUGGAAUCACCUUGAACCAAGCUGGCGUCACAUUAUCAGACCAAUCGAACUUCCGUGGAUUCGGGGACAUUCUCUUGGUGGACAAAUCAUCUACCCUGCAGCAGGAUACAUAGCGGUCAUACUUCAAGCAUGUCUCGAACAACACAUCUAUCGGAAAAAUGAUGAAGGGAAGAAGAUCUCCUUGUUUAGACUCAAGGGUGUGAACAUAUCCAAGGCUCUUGUCGUGCCGGAUGAUUCGGAUGGCAUUGAGAUGGUGACCAAGUUACGCCCCUACAGGGUGUCUGAACACGAGAACUCCUCAAGCUGGCAGGAGUUCCUCAUCUGCUCCUACUCAAACAAUGGUACAUGGAGUGAGCAUUGCCAAGGUCUUGUGUCUGUUCAAUUCGAGAAAGAUUACACCCUUGAGAGUAUCAUUACGAAUGACGUCGACCAUCGCCAGACCGAAGACUUUCUGGGAUUCUAUGAAAAGCUCACUGAUCUUGGCUAUCAAUUUUCGCCACCUUUCAAGAAUGUACAAGAUGUCAGAACAGGAUACCACGAGGCCUUUGCCUCUAUCAAAGUACCCGAUACUUCCAAACACAUGACUGAGGGCUAUGAACUACCACAAAUGCUACAUCCCGCGACGCUCGACAGUGUUUUUCAAGUUCCCCUCGCGGCAUUAGAUGCCUCCGGGUCGCUCCUUUCUGCAAUGGUCCCAGUACACUGCGAUAUGAUCACAAUUGCCGGAGAUAUCCUGCAUGUUCAUGGAGAAGAACUCCGCGCCCAUUCGAAGACCACAUCCGACGGGCCGAGGAAAUGCAAAGUACAUGCUUCAGUCACAAAUGCAGGAGGUGCAACCCAGAUACUCAUCGAGGGACUCUCCUACACUGCGUUGAAUAGUGCUGCUAUAAUGGAUGAUCAAGAAUCAACGAGGCAGAUCUGUCACAAAAUUCACUACAUCGAAGACAUCGACAAGCUAAUGGACGGGGCUUUGAAGAGGGUCGCCAUGUCCAAACUUUCUCAGAGUAAGCCAUCGACACACUUCAAACUGAUCCAUGAGGCAUGCUUGAUCUUGAUGGAAAGGGCACUAGAGACAUUGAGGGACAAGGAGAUAUCGGAAGGCUCAGCUGAACAUCAUCGCUUUUUGUAUGAUUGGAUGCAAGCUUCAGUAGCUGAUGCAGACUCUAUCCGUCCCCUUGCCAAUAAUGCCAACUUCCAAGCUCGUGUUGAAUCUCUAGGCUCUACCGGGUUAAUGGUUUAUCGGGUCGGCAGCAAUUUAAGUCGGAUCAUCUUAGGUGAAGUUGAGCCUCUUGAACUCAUGACGGCAGGCGGUCUCCUCGAUGAAUUCUACCAGGAGGACUCAAUCAGAAGAUGCUACAGCACAAUGCAAACAUACGUGGAUAUCCUAAGCCGGAAAGAUCCUAAUAUGAAGGUAAUUGAAAUUGGUGCAGGUACAGGAGGUGCCACACAAGCGGUGCUUGAAUCGCUGCAUGGCCAAUUCUCCCAAUAUGAUUUCACAGAUAUUUCUGCUGGGUUUUUUGAAAACGCCCAUAAGAAGCUCUCGCAGUGGGGCUCAGCUAUUGUCUAUAAAAAGCUUGAUAUCGAGAAAAACCCGGUGGAGCAAGGAUUUGAUGAGUGCUCAUACGAUCUUGUUAUUGCGUCAAACGUCCUACAUGCCACAAGAAGCAUUCACGAAACCAUGCUCAAUGUGCAUAAACUGCUCAAGCCAAAUGGAAGGCUCUUCCUGCUUGAGAUUCCCAAACCUAUGGUCUACAUCCAAAUGAUAUUUGGCACGUUACCGGGAUGGUGGAUGGGUAAGUUAUUUAUCCAGUUUACUGAUCAUACUUACCAGAUGCUAAGCAAAGUCACAGGUCGUGAGGAAGGCCGAGUGGUUAGCCCUUGUCUGGACAUUCCCCAAUGGCACUCUGUCCUGCAAGAAACAGGCUUCUCCGGAGUUGACACUCAUAUUCCUGACUACGAAAUCGAUGAGUUCGCACAGUACGAGGUUAUCAUCUCUAAGGCCCAACCAAAAAUCUCAGAAGGCUCAAAGUAUGGUGUGGAAAUCAUCACCAGUUCCGAGAGUUCUCAACACGUGGAUGAGCUUUCCGAGUCCUUAUACAACAUCCUCGGCGAUGGCGUUGCUCACGAAACCACGCUAACUGAGUGUGAGCCACAGGGAAAAAUUUGCAUCUUCCUUUCAGAGAUGGUGCAGCCUCUGCUUUACUCUUGUGACAAAAUACAAUUUGAUCAAGUGAAAAAAAUACUGGCACACGCGGCUGGGAUCAUUUGGCUCACUAACCAUGACCCUAAAAAUGCGCUUGUCACUGGAUUAGCGAGAACGGCCCGGUCAGAAAACAGUGGUAUGCGAUUCAUCACACUGAAGACUGACCCAGAUAGUACAUCAUGUUCAGCAACAGGGGAUAUCAUUCGUGGCUUCUGCGAAGACAUUUUCCGAGGUCAGAAUACAGAUGAUGAUUCUGAAUACAUUGAGCAUAACGGACAGUUGCUUAUUCCACGCCUCGUUAAUGAUGAGGAUACUGCAGGCUACCUCACAGGCUCUGUAACCAGGCCCGAACAGGAGGUAGAGUUCAAUCCAGCACAAUCUAAUUUGACUCUGGAAGUUGCCUCGCCUGGAAAACUUGACAGCGUGCAGUGGCAUGAACAGCAAAUCUUUAAUGCGGGUCCCGCUGCAGAUGAAGUAUUUGUGGAGGUUAGAGCUUCUGGAUUGAACUUCCGAGAUCUCAUGAUUGCUUUGGGUCAGUUUGGAAAUGCUUCUCUCAUGACAGGUGAAUGUAGCGGCUUCAUACAAGCCGUGGGAUCCGAUAUUCGGGACUCUUUCAAGGUUGGUGACCGAGUUUGCGGCUGGUCAGCCACAGGUUUCUCCUCGAUUGCACGGAUGAAAGGAGCCGGGGUGCAUCGUUUGGACGACCUCACCUCAUUUGAGGAAGGGGCUUCGCUGGUUGUUGCUUACACCACAGCUUACUAUGCACUGGUUAACCUUGCGCAUCUACAAAAAGGUGAGAAGGUUCUCAUUCACAGUGCAGCAGGGGCUGUGGGGCAAGUCGCCAUCAUGCUAGCUCAGUAUAUUGGUGCAGAGAUAUUCGUCACUGUGGGAAAUGAUGAGAAAGCAAGUUUCUUGCAGAAAGAGUACCAUAUCCUGCCCGAUCACAUUUUCUCCAGCCGCUCAAUUGGACUCUUGGCACGUCUCCAGAAAGCGACAGGAGGAUGUGGUAUUGAUGUCGUGCUGAACUCUUUAACUGGUGACAUUGCUCGCGAAUCCCAUGCAUGCCUUGCAACCUUCGGCCGGUUUGUGGAGAUCGGUAUUCAAGACUUUCUGCAAAAUUCUAGAAUGGACACAUCCUUCAUGCAACAGAACAUCUCGUUCUUUUCUGUUGACAUGACGAAGGUUCUGAAACAAAAUCCACGUCUCUUUGCACAGCUGUUGUCAUCAGUAUUCUGCCUCCGAGAAAGUGGUGCCCUGAAAUCUGUUCAUCCUAUCACGCAAUUUGAGCCAAACGAGCUUGAAUCUGCAUUCAGGACGCUGCAGACGGGAAAGCACAUUGGAAAAGUCGUUAUAAAUAGCAGACAGGGUAGUCGAUUUAAAGUGGUACCAAGGCCCGUUCCUGCAGUUCAGUUCGCAGGGAACAUCUCCUAUAUGAUUUCUGGUGGUCUCGGAGGCCUGGGCCGCGCCAUCGUCAAGUGGAUGUGUCAAUCAGGAGCCAGGAACAUCGUCAUUCUGACUCGUUUUGGCUUACGAGGUGCUGUGCUGGAAGAUUGGGCAGCGGAGGUGAGAGAGAUGGGAGUCAAACUCGCCAUUUAUAUCUGUGACAUUGUAAAUGAGGGUUCACUCAAAAUCGCAAUCCAGCAAGCAUCGGAAGAGAUGCCUCCAAUCCGCGGUGUGAUUCAAGCAGCCAUGGUGCUCAAGGACUGCCUGCUGGAGAACAUGUCUCAUGCGGAAUACUUCGAUGCAGUUGAACCAAAAACUAUCGGUUCACAGAAUUUACAUGAAGCAUUUCUCUCUCAGCCACUUGAUUUCUUUAUUCUACUAUCAUCGGCCGCUGGAAUUGUUGGCAAUACCGGUCAAGCCAACUACGCAUCUGGUUGCACGUUCCAGGACGCGCUAGCUCGUCAUCGUAUCAGUCUUGGAUUACGGGCUCAUUCAAUUGAUUUGGGUAUGAUAAAGUCCGCAGGCUACGUAGCCGAAAACCCUGAAGCAGUCCAAUUCCUCAGGGAACAGGGAUAUGUGCCAGUCGAGUUAGACCAGGUCUUCCGAAUGAUCAAUAAGGCCAUCCAAGAGCCUGCGACCGAGUCCCAGGAUGCUCAAACUGUGCUGGGACUACGAUAUGACCACUCAAAAAAUAAUGGAGCCGUGAUGCAGCACUUGUUAGAUCCGAAAUUUAGGCAUCUAUUGUCUUCCCGCCGCAUAAGCGGUGAUUCCGUCGCCAUACAAGAGCAGGACAUAUCGAAGUCUAUUGCUACUGCAAAGUCUCUUCACGAGGCUAUCACGGUCAUUGCUGAUGCUCUGGCCUCUCGUCUACGGCGGCUGCUUGCCAUAGAAUCAGAAGAAAUAUCUCACUCCCAGUCUAUCGCGGAUCUAGGUACAGACUCUUUGGUUGCAGUCGAGUUGAGGAGCUGGAUUAGCAGAGAGAUGCAUGUUAACGUACAGGUUUUGGAGAUCCUUCAGUCCACGUCAAUCAAGAGCUUCGCAGCUACCCUGGCUGCUAGAAGCAAGCUGGUAAUGGAAGCAAUAGAGCAAGGUCAAGAUCAAAAAGAAACCCAAGCAAUGGCGGUGAUGACAUCUGUGGCCAGAGCAGGUCAACUUGUAAGCAAUGCCGGUCAAUUUGACGUUCAUGAAGAGAAGGACUACCUCAACAAGAUCCAUGAAGUAGUCAGUUCAGACUUCAAGGCGAGAGGAAUGACCGAGUGUGUUGAUGCAAGCGAUGUGAGCAUCAAUCUGGACUGGACAGACUACCUCUCCGUCAUGGUGUGCUAA